AGCCUCUCCACUGAGCCUCCCACAACUGCGCAGAACCCGUCGCCAUGUCGCUGGAAGCGCAGCUCCGGAUGCGCCAGAACGUGGACCAGAUGCACUCCGCCUUCCGCGACCUACAUCGAAGCUCGUGACAAUGCCCUGCGCGGCAUCGCUCCGCAAGCCGACUCAGCGUCUGCAGAGGCGGCAGAGGCGGCGGCUGCAGAGGCGGAGUCGCGCGAGAUCGAGGAGGCCAAGGCGGAGCUCGCACGGCUCGCUCUGGAGGACGAGCGGCGGAGCAAGGCGGGCGGCGACGCGGCUGCUCCUGCUUCUGCUGCUGCGGCGGCGGCGGCGGCUCCCACGAAGGCGGCGGCGGGUACGCGGGUGGGAAGCGGUGCGACCAACUUUGACAAGUGGCAGUCGUACGACGCGGAGGGGGCGGUCGAGGCGCUCGAGCGGCGCGAGUGCGAGCGGGAGGCGCUUCGGCAGAGGGUGGUGUCUCUCGAAAACAAGAGGGCGAGGGAGGAGGCGAUGCGGAGGAGGGGCGAGAGCGAGGCGAGGGCAGACGCGAUGCGCGCCCGAGGCAACGCCGCCUCCGCUCGAUACGAGGACGCGGUGACCGACUACACCGAGGCGCGAGGGCUCUCGGCGCCGUCCCGUAGGCUCGAUGGGCGAGGGCGUCCUGGCGGGCGUCCCUCGCGUGCUGGCGGGGGUGAGCAAGCUGCUCGGUAUGAUGGACUGGCAGGCGGGGGAGGGCGAGCCGAACGAGGGCUUGCUCGGAGCGCCGACGCCAUCGUCCGGUUCGGCGCCAUCGGAGGGGAGGAGGUGGCGCCGGACGACGACGUGCUCCUCGUCCUCGCGCCGCAGUCGAUGGUCGGCGCUCCGAUUGUGCCGCCGCUCGAGGCGCUGACCGAGGCGGCGGCCUCGCAGGGCUCCGCCGUCGUGCUGAUCAACCCGCUGCUGCAGGACCGCCAGUCCAGUUCCGGGGUGAUGGGCGUGCGCGGCCGCGCCGAGCGGCUGGCCUUUGCGGAGAGCUUCGCCGAGAUCUACCACUUCCGGCUCCUCUACUCGGGGACUACCUUCAUGUACCCCAUCCUCGGCGCGCUGCGCAUGGCGCGCCAGGACGGGCGGCGCGUCCUCUACCGGCGGCUCGAGGGCGGCGGCGGCGAGCAGUACCUCCCUGUCGGCUGCUGGGUCGGCCGCGAGCCGACCCCGCGUGAGAUGUCCGAGCUGCUGCCCAGCACGGUGGGAUCGGGCGAGGCGCGCGGGGAGAGCGCGGCCGCGCCCCCGGGGUCUGCCACGGGGUCUGCGGACGCGAGGAUGCCGUGGGACUGAUUGUGACACUGAUACUGAGAUGCAGACGUGAGAGGUGCGUGUGGAUGUGUCUCACAGCGGCCGAAGCCCAGCAGCUCGGGUGGCACAAGUGCCUAGCGGCCAUUACAAUAAUACGGACACCUCUACGGCUU